AUGAAACCGUAUAAAUUCCUGCAUUCCGCGGCAGAAGACUGUGGAUUCGGUCAGACAUUUGAUCCAGAAGUUGUGAGUCCCGCUGAGAUCUUCUUUCAUCCUUGCGAAUCCUCAAAUGCGGGCCUUUUGUAGUUUUUUUGUAGGAGGAAUGUCAAAUCGAUCGUAUUCUGUUGGUCUGCCUGGUUGUGGCUGCUGUUCUUCUCCUUGUCAUCUUACCCGCAGCUGUUGCCCUGGCCGUAUAUUGUGUGACAGUAGUGUACAAACCAAGACGGGAGGAAAAGAAGUCCAGAAAACGGGUAUCUGAUAUAGUUACCAGUAAUCAUAAACCGAGAUCCAUCUAUUCGCGGAGAAAACAAGAGAUUAAUAGGGUAUAGAUAAGAAUAACCAUGGAUAAUAUAAUUUUACAGUACUUGAAAGAUCACGAGCAAAAGACGAACAGACAGGAAAAGGCAAAGAAGAUGCCAGUCCGCCAGUGCACGUUCGUUCGUGCCAGCUCCAAAUCAUCAAAUGAUAGUGACUUACAGGACAUGUAG